GAGGAGGAAGAGGAGGAGGAAGGCCUGUCCCAGAGCAUCAGCCGCAUCUCGGAGACCCUGGCAGGCAUCUACGAUGACAACAGCCUGAGCCAGGACUUCCCAGGUGACGAGAGCCCCGGCCCGGACCCCCAGCCUCUGCAGCCAGCUCCUGCCCCUGGAACACCACCCCAGGCCGACUCUACCCGCGCCGACGGAACCACCCGCCGGCGUGUGUUUGUGGUGGGGACUGAGGCGGAGGCCUGUCGGGGCAAAGUCUCCGUGGAGGUGGUGACCGCUGGUGGAGCCGUCCUCCCGCCCCCACUGCUGCCACCUGGCGACUCAGAGAUUGAGGAGGGCGAGAUUGUCCAGCCCGAGGAGGAGCCCAGGAUGGCGCUCUCCCUAUUCCGGGCCAGCAGCCGGGCAGCCCGUCCCCCUCCCGCGGCCCCAGCCCCCGCAGCAGUCCAGCCCCCGCCCCCGCCGCCCGCUCCCCGGGCCCCGGAGGGGGACGACUUUUUGUCUCUGCACGCUGAGUCAGAUGGCGAGGGUGCCCUGCAGGUGGACCUCGGGGAGCCGGCCCCCGCUCCGCCCGCGGCCGACACGCGCUGGGGCGGCCUGGACCUGCGCCGCAAGAUCCUGACCCAGCGGCGGGAGC